AUGGUCAAAUUUGAAUUUCAGGGACAGCCAACACAAACUACAACUCCUACAAGUGCAGAUAGAUCAGUUGAUAACGAUAAUUUAACUGCCGAAAGUGAUUCAGGUGAACUUAAUCUCGAAUGGGUUCACGAUGACAAUGAUACGGCUGGCAUCAAUGUUGAGGUAGCAUUUUAUUUUUGUUCUAGUUUUGUACAUGUAUGCAUUUACUUACCAGGCAAAUAUUUCAUGUUAGCCUGCUGAAACGUUGAAACAGUUCAUACUGACAAUUGCUAAUAUCGCUUAGUAAGUUUGCAUUUAGUAUAUACUCUUGUCUCCACUGAGUUCAGUCUAAAAUACUCUUAGCAUUAACUCUUAUUAACUUAUUUCUCCACAGGAACAUCAAAAAUCAGAUUUACAAAUGAUGUAGAUAAUAGCAUAAGUAUUGAUCAAGAUGUUGAUGGGUCUGUUGAUGACGCUGUAUUAAAAAAUGAUGAAACUACUGAAGUAACCAGACCCUUACUCUCAGAUAAUCACUUUACUAAUGGUAAAGAUCUUCAGUUGAUAUUAAGUGUACAUAUAUUAUUAAUAUUUAAUUUUAUCAGCAAGUUUAAAAUUAAGAAAUUAGUUUUCAAAUAAAAUAGACAUAAGACACUGCUGUAUAAUGAUUGCCACUAAGUUGACACUCAACUUUUAGAUGAACAACCUUCACAGCCAAAACUGUCCAAAUAUCCAGUCAAUGAGGCCUUGAAAUUGCACAGAACCCGAUCCUUUCAACAGAGCUGGUAUAAGAAGUACAACUGGUUGGAGUAUAAUGUACAGAAGGAUGCACCAUUUUGCUUUUGCUGUAGGAAAUAUUCAAAAACAGGAAAUUCUUCACCAUUUGUGACAACUGGUUUCAGAAAUUGGAGCAAUGUUAUGGAAAGUGGAAAGGGAUAUGGUAAACAUGAGUCUUCUGAAUCACACCAGUUUAGCUACGAUGCAUGGAAUAGAAAGAAGAUGAUAGAAUCAGGGGCCCUGAAAAACAUUGCAGACAAGCUAUGCCCUAAUGCGAAUGAAAUAGCAAAAGAAAACAAAGACUAUCUUAGAAUUUUGUUCAAGUAUGUAUUGUGGUUUACGACAAAUAGUGUAGCAACCAGAGGUCAUGAUGAGACAGAAGAAUCAGAGAAACAGGGAAAUUGGCUGUCAUUUAUUAAGCUACAAUUAGAGACAAAUCCAAGUUUUCAGGAGUUACAUGAGAAGGUCACCAAAUCUCGAAGUACAGAUUACACCUCAAAAACAUCUUUCAAUGGAUUUGUGACAGCUGUGGCCAAUGGUGUACGUGAUGCAAUUUAUUCAGAUAUUGCAAACUGUGGAAUGUAUUCAGUCCUUAUUGACGAGAGUAAGGAUAAAGGCAACAAGGAAGAGCUAGCACUUGCUGUGCGCUAUUAUAGUGAAAAAGUGGUAGAGCGAUUUAUUGAGAUUAAACAUCUGACCGAAUUUGAUGCACAGACAAUAGCUGCUCAUACGAAAGACUUAAUAGAAUUCAUUACACAGCAUUCAGAGGGAUCUGUUGUCAUUAGUCUUGGUGCAGAUGGAGCAAGUGUGAUGAGUGGGGAGUAUGCUGGUGUGGGUGAGAUUUUAAGAUCACAGCAUUUUCCGUGGAUUCUCUACAUUCAUUGUAUCGCACACAGGUUAAAUUUGAUUGUGAAUGACUUGGUAAAAGAUUCUCCAUUGGCUGUCGACGUUCUGGCUGCUGUUACCCGCUUGUAUUCCUUUCUGAAUAUUGGUAAAGUGAGACCUGUAUACCAGAAAAUAUUCCAAGAAAUGUUUCCGAAAACGCAAACUAAAUACUUAACUCAACAAUUCGAGGUGAGGUGGUCUUGCAAAUUUGAAGCGGUUGAUUUUGUUGCAGAAAAGCCUGAAUGUAUACUCGCAACUUUGGCUCAAGUAAGCAACAAUGGAGCAGUACAUGGAGCUAAGCAUGCAGAGGAAGCCGCAUGA